AUGAGAAUCUCAAAAGUUCUGUUCACUCUUUUUUUCGCCCUUUUUGCUGCCCAAGAAACGGAAAUGAAGAAGACUGAAGUCACUGGAGACAUGGAGGAGAAUCGAAAUCAGCAGAUGAAAAUGAUGAAGAAAAAAAGUGCAAUUGAGGAAAUUAUCGCGAAGAGAAAUGACUUUUUGAAGAACUUAGAGAAACUGAAAUCGAACGAUAUGAACACACUUGAUGGAUACCUAGGAAAAUCGCUCAACUAUGGCCGUCCUCACUCCGACAGAAUGUUUCAAUUUGUCCGACUCGUUUGA